AUGGAGGACAUGGAAGACGACUGUUUUGGUCUAAAUGACGACUACAACCAUAACUACUGUGAGAACAGUGCCAGUGGACAAGUCCACUAUCUCAGGAACGAACUGUCAGAUGUACCCCAGCCCCUAUCUAUCUCGCCGGGUAAGGGCACUCGAGAUGAAGCGGCGCGGGAGAACCACGCAAAGGUUUGUUCCAGUUCCAGCAGCGGUUUAAAGUUCAUGGAUUCAGACUCGAACAGCGUGAGUAGUGACACCAUAGAGACUGACAGCCCAUCGUCGGCUUCCAUCGCAGGGAAACUGACCCUGAACUCAGCCUCAAAGUUUCGUAAGUUGAAAGCAUCAGCAUUAAAAACACUAAUUAUGACAGCAUAAUGUUUAUGUUUAUCAUGUUUUUGACUGGCAUGGGAUGGGGAUGUAGCUUGCCAUACAAUUAUGCCAUUGCAUUGCCUUUGGCCUAAACGUCAGUGGAGUAAUUUGGCUACUGUCAGGGCCUGACAUUCACUUUUUUAGACAGAUUUUUAUACUUGUCCGAAAGCUCAAGUCACUUCCUCCCAAAAAGUCUGUAUCACCAUGGGCCAAAAAGGUGACAAAAAUGGUGUUGUAUGACGCAAGGAAGCGCUUCACAAAAUAUUUUUUUUAUUUAACCAGGUAGGCCAGUUGAGAACAAGUUCUCAUUUACAACCGCGACCUGGCCAAGAUAAAACAAAGCAGUGUGAUUAAAAACAACAACAACAGAGUUACAUAUGGGGUAAACAAAAACGUACAGUCAAUAACACAAUAGAAAAAUAGAAUCUAUAUACAGUGUGUGCAAAUGUAGUAAGUUAUGGAGGUAAGGCAAUAAAUAGGCCAUAGUGCAAAAUAAUUAUAAUUUAGCAUUAACACUGGAAUGAUAGAUGUGCAGAAGAUUAUGUGCAAAUAGACAAUGGUAUUGACAAUGGAAGGCUGCUUGUCUCUGAUCCCAUGUAUUAUAUCUCCUGCCAUUGUGGCCUUGAGUAAUGCACUUAAACCCCCCACAAAUGUGAUCUGUCAACCCUCCAACUGGAGAGUUACUGGGUGUGCAGGAUUUUUAUCCACCCCUGCUCAAACACACCAGAGUCAGUUUUGUAAAGUUCCUGUUGAGCAUCUGAUUAUUAAAUUUUUUAACAAUGUGGUGUGUUGGAGCAGGGCUGGAGCAAAAGCCUGCACACCCAAUAGCUCUCCUGGACUCUCCAGGAGGAGGGUUGGCCACCCUGCAACAUUACAAUUACAACCAAAUACCCCCUGCACAUUGACUUGGUACCGGUACCCCUGUAUAUAGCCUCGUAAUUGUUAUUUUUUAUUAAAUUUUUUACUUUAGUUUAUUUAGUAAGUAUUUUCUUAACUCUAUUUAUUGAACUGCAUUGUUGGUUAAGGGCUUGUAAGUAAGCAUUUCACGGUAAGAUCUACACCUAUUGUAUUUCGGCAUAUGUGACAAAUAAAAUUAGAUUUGAAAUACUUUGUCUUUAUAAAAUAAUUCCUUCAUUCAAUGAACAGGGAUAAGAUGGCUAAGGUGGGCGAAGUAGCUAAGUAAGAUGUUUAUCUAUUUGUAAGGUUAAAAUGUUCAGUGUUCAGGGGAGAUUUUGACAGCAUAGGAGCAGUGGUGAUUUUAGCAUGUAAAUCUUGGUGGGUCAAACCUAUUUUAAUGCAUGCCAGCAAAGCCACUACACAACAGUGUUCCUGCUGAUCCUGUUCUGUGCUAGCAUGAGCACUGAGAGGGAGUUCCCCAUGCGGGCCGCUGUGUCGUAGGCCCGUGACAGUAGCUCAUCUGUGGCCCUGCACUGAGGUCUGGGGUAGCGGGCGUCAUCCUUCAGUGCUUCAUCUGGGGAGCGCAUUAGCUCUGCUAUGCAUUCAUCCACCUUAGGCCAGCCCAUGUUGUUUUGCGUCGUGCAUAGCGUCCUACUGUCCUUGCCGUGCUGGGCAAGAACCCGUGGGUCAGCCCAACAUCUCUGAAGCUCUGUAAGAAAAGCUGGUGAAGGUGACACACUGAACGUUGUUGCUGCCGGGGCCUUCUUAAAGAAUGGGUUAGCUGCAGGGGCUGUGGCUUGAGGGUCAUCAGGCUCUAGCCUAGCUAAGGCCGUGUGUAGUGAGGCAGAGCUUUCUUCUGCCUCCGUGUGAUCAGAGACUCAGAAUGACUCCUCUGAUCCAUCUUUAGCGUUGAGACUGAAUGGGUCCACAACACUGGUUGGCACCUCCUUCACCAUGUUGGGCGUGUCAUCAUCCUGGUCCCUAAAGUGCCGGUUGAAUACCCAAGUGGACAGCAGGUCAUCGUCCCGGCUAUCUGAGUCCUCUGUUGCGUCCCCCAUGCUGGAGGGUGUGCUAGAGGGCCCCGACUCAGGGGGCUUGAAGGACCGCAAAAGUGUUUUUAGCUGCUCUAUCUCAAAGGAUAAGGAAUCAUCCUUCCGCGUGAGGCUCUUAUCUUUUGACUUUUUUUUACCAGGAGGGCGCCAUCGGUUUCGUGGACUUUCCCUCUUUUGGUGGCCCUGGGUGAGUCCUAGCGAACAACGCCGGACGCUGGUAAAUUAUCUGUGAAAACCAGGCCCUCAACUCUGGAUAGCCAUGCUUCCCUCACCUUCACAGGCAGAAUGACGCAGUUUAAUGCAGGGGUCAGAAAGGGCCUCACGCAGGUGGCCAUUGCCUAGGCAGGCGGGGCACAGGUCAUGACCAUCUUCUACUUGUAGUUCAGCUCCACAAGAGGAGCAGCCAUGCAUGCCGAGCAUCAUGGUGAUGCGGUGUUCUCUCAGCUCAGAAUGUCAAGAAAAUAAAUUGAUAAAAUAUUUCUUAUGCAAUACACUGCUUCAUCAAAUUAACUAAUAUAAUAGUAACCGGAGACUGUAUAAAACAGCUACCACAAUACACAGUAAGGGUAGAGAGCUACAAUAAUCUGGCGGGAGCUGUACAGCAACCACUAAAUAAUUUAGGGUGAGCUAUGACCACAGGGCUGGAGCAUGAGAGAUAUCAUGUUUAAACAUAGGCUUAUGUAUGCGAAACACGCAUGAAUGGCCAUUGUUUGGUAAGCCAAGCUGACAACACACAGUGUCAGCUAGGUUAAGUAGGUAAACUAACUAGCUAGCUUGUAGCAUGCUAGUAAUACAAGGGGAGAGGGAAUACCAGGGGGAGGCAAUCCGAAUCACAAUGUUUUAUAGCUGGCUAGGCUAACAACCUUCCUAGACGUGGUUAUCUAGGGAAGUGACCCGUUCGAGUUUUAAAUAGUCAAAGGAUCACUAGUGCCUGGCAACCUCGAUAACGAGCACAGCAGUGGAGGAUAUCUUGACAAGGUUAGCGCCGGAGUACGAUGGCCAACACACACGCUAGCUGGUGGGCUUAGUCAGCACAAGACAAGGAAGCCCGAUAUCCUCAGAUAAAAGGGAUAGGUAGGGGAGAGCUGUCACACAGCCUUGGAGGGCGAAUUUCGCACUCUGACCCACAGGUCACAGGCUGUUGGUGACCGACUGACAGUACACACAAUUCACACAGAGUUUAGCUUACCCUACCUGGACCUGGGAAGAUGCAAUCCGAAAAACGUGAGCCGCGGAGCAGUCAAUUUGCGCGAUACGGCUAAGCCAAUUUAGAAGAAAUAAGAGACAAUGUGGUCUGACAUACAGUUUUAUAUAAACCGCAAGGGCACGUCCUCCCACGCUGUCACAUCACCGGCGUGACUUUGUUGUUAUUAUUACUUGACCUGCGCGGAGCGCGAGGGAUAUAAUCCAUACUUUCAACCGUACUGAUGGUCUGAAAUGUAUGAAGUAGAACUCACAAGCAAUUAUUAUCAACUAAUGUGCAAACGCCGCUAGGCCUCGCUUUGAUCUCAAAAACGCAUCUCGCGACAGCAUUAUUGCAAGAACGCUCGUGCCUGUCUGCAGGCCUACAAUAAUUAUACUCCGAUACGCUCUGCAGAGAUUGGGAGGAAAGUGAGCAAAACAUUGCAUCCGGAGGACACGUUGAUCCAAUUCUGAUCAAAUUAUGAUCGGAGUACCAUAAUUGUUUGAUAUUGUGAUUUUUGCGUGAUUAUUAUUAUUUAUUUUUUACUUGUCCAUUCGGACAACUUAAAUCUAUAAUCUGCUUGUCCAACAAUGUUUUUUACUUGCCCCGGGAAGCAGACAAGCGUUAAUGUCAAGCCCUGACUGUUAUGACCUAUGUACCCUGUGGUUGGACGGUCCUUGUUUGGAAUCAGUGGUGUAGUGGUGCCUGGAGAAGUAGGUAUACAAAACUGUUGCCAAAAUUUCACUAACGGCUCACCCUGCGGAGGAAAAGCUCCCUGUGUGAAAAAUGAUAUGAUCAAAGGUGGCAUGUACUCUGAAUCACAUAUUGGUCUUUCAGUCAGGCCAACCCUCGAUCAUGACUCAGUUCCAUUACAUUACACAUAAGAGUCAUUGGACGAAGGCGUCUUCUGUAGGGGGAAGUUUUGUUAAGAGCCGCAACGUUUGGUCUGAACAGUAACAUGCAUCGCUUUCAGUACGGUUUUGGAAGCAUAAGGACCAUCUCUUUAAUAUCCCCAAUAAAUAAUUUUCUAAAAACAAAAGGUUAAAUUGAUACACACCUUUUUAUAGGGUUAGGGUUUCCACACGGUCAUAUUUCCAUGGUACAGCACUUGUUUACAGAAGACAGAGUGGAUUACCUGCGCUAAUUAGCCAUCUGCCUCUGAGCACGUGUGUAAACAGAAGACAGAGUGGAUUACCUGCGCUAAUUAGCCAUCUGCCUCUGAGCACGUGUGUAAACGGAAGACAGAUGCUACAAAGGUGUUUUCACUGCUGCAACUGUGUUUAAAACCGGUUAAAACAAUGUACAGUAAGUGUGUAUUUGGCAUUUGUGAAAUUGUUCUGAUGUGAUAUUAAAGUACAGGGAUUUAUGUUUCUGAAACUGUACAGAAAUUGAUAAUCGAUUCAAGUUUAGAUGGUGUAUUUGGCUGUUUUGGUUUCCAGAGGUAAUUCGCCCUUUAAACAGAACAUUUUAAGGUCCUUGGACUAAGGAGUAAUUUAAUGUUAGGCUCCAUCAAAUCAAAUCAAAUUUUAUUGGCCACAUGCGCCGAAUACAACAGGUGCAGACAUUAUAGUGAAAUGCUUACUUACAGCCCUUAACCAACAGUGCAUUUAUUUUUAAUAAAAAAGUAGAAUAAAACAACAAAAAAGUGUUGAGAAAAAAAGAGCGGAAGUAAAAUAAAAUAACAGUAGGGAGGCUAUAUAUACAGGGGGGUACCGGUGCAGAGUCAAUGUGCGGGGGCACCGGCUAGUUGAGGUAGUUGAAGUAAUAUGUACAUGUGGGUAGAGUUAAAGUGACUAUGCAUAAAUAAUUAACAGAGUAGCAGCAGCGUAAAAAUAUGGGGUGGGGGGGCAGUGCAAAUAGUCCGGGUAGCCAUGAUUAGCUGUUCAGGAGUCUUAUGGCUUGGGGGUAGAAGCUGUUGAGAAGUCUUUUGGACCUAGACUUGGCACUCCGGUACCGCUUGCCAUGCGGUAGCAGAGAAAACAGUCUAUGACUAGGGUGACUGGAGUCUUUGACAAUUUUGAGGGCCUUCCUCUGACGCCGCCUGGUAUAGAGGUCCUGGAUGGCAGGAAGCUUGGCCCCAGUGAUGUACUGGGCCGUACGCACUACCCUCUGUAGUGCCUUGCGGUCGCAGGCCAAGCAGUUGCCAUACCAGGCGGUGAUGCAACCAGUCAGGAUGCUCUCGAUGGUGCAGCUGUAGAAUUUUUCAAUAUUGGCUAGGCCAACCCAAUCUGUACUGUCUAAGUAGGCUAAUAGUAGGCCUACUAUUGAAAUAGAUGUCAACUGAGUCAGAAAUUCACAGGUUUCAGAUUUUUCCCUUUUGUAUUUUUUUCAAAGGUUUUUGCUCUCAGUCACAAGUGCGCAGGCACCUAGCACUGUUGUUUGGUAGCAUGUUUCUGCAGUGCGCAUGAGCUGGAGUUUGCAAAACAAAUUGCCAGUGGAUUGAUGCAAGUAAUCAUGAUAUCAUUCUGGUAGGCAUAUGCUACAUUUAGUAGCUAGUUAACAUUUAAUUGAGAAGGUUUUUAAGAAAGCCUUUCCAUCUACCAGAAGACUGUUAUAGCCUAUCAUUAGCAUUACUAUAUCGUUUCACUUCAUAUAAUGAGACAUGACUUCGAGGAGAACCGAAAGUAACACUUUUUUUUCUCCCAUAAUUGCACAGAGAUCAAUAGAUCUAGAGACACCAUAUUUUAUGGAAAACAACUUAUAUAUGUCCUCUACCAUUAGCAACUGUAAUUUAAUUUCUAGGGUAAAGGAGUUUAAAUUAAAUAGACCGAGAACAGAACUACCGCAAUGUUACUUUUGUACUUGCCUGCUGGGCGGGAGUAACACAGCCUUGGUACGGAAGUAACAGCUGACGAGAAGUGCAAAAUAUCUGUCUUAUCUCCAUGUUUUCUGGGUUGUAAUGCUUGUUACUUUCAACAAAUGUACUAUCAGUUUGUGUGGAUUUGAAUAAUUUAAUGCUAUAGAUUGAAAAUAUAUGAAAAUGAACCAUGCGUCAACAUCGCAAUGUUGUGCAACUACAAUAUUUUGCCUUACAAUAUUAAUCGGACUAUAAUGGAUCACAUUAUAGCGUUACAGCUAUAUUAACUAUAUUAACCAUCAUUUUUUAAUGGGAAUGUCAUGCGCACUCCUCGUGUCUUGAUAGAAUAAACGUAUUUAUUCUCUUCACAAACAGCAAACUCAUGCUUAUAAAAUGUUCAUGGCUUGACAUAAAGUAAUUGACCCCCAGAAUCAUAAAGAUAUCUAUUUUUAACGGCUCAAGUUGUUGUGAAAAUAACCUCAUCUUUAUCAUUGUGUGGUUCAGUAAUGAAUGCAAUGACCGAAGAGGAUUAUAGAACCACAUACUGGCCGAACCUGGAGAAAGCCAUUGACCACCUGCUGAUACAAAACCCCAUGGACCACAUCUCCAUUUCAUAUGAGCAGAUAUACAGGUGAGACUCAGUGUGACUGUGUUGAUUUCUUAUGUAGCUUUGAAAGAAAUUAAGUCAUGGAACUGCCGUACUCAUGUUUGAGACCUUAGAGGGGAGAUAUUGCAAAUUAUCUGUUUUAAUAGUUAUUUUCCUUUCCCUUUUUCAGUUGUGUGUACAAGUGUGUUUGUCAACAGCACUCUGAGCUACUGUACAAAGACUUGAUGCUGAAGAUUACUACCCAUCUUCAACAAGUCUCUUCUUAUCUUCAAGUAAGUGAAAACAUAGAACCUGGGUUGUGUUCAUUAGGGCAUACUGUACCAAAAACAAAUGUUUUUUAUUGGACAAGUACAGAUAGUAUCUCCUGUUUCACCCCAUAAAAGUGUGUAAUAACCUGAUAAAUACAUUUAUAUUAACACUGAUAUUUUCUCCUCUUUUAUCAGAUUAGUCCACCAGGGAAUUUAAUUGAGAAUUUCAACAUUGCUCUGACUCAGUAUACAGAUGCUCUUCAAUGCAUAGUUCCCGUAUUCAUCUACAUGGUAUGUAUACAGAUAAGGUGCUCAUCCUUGGAAUAUGCCUUACAUUAGAUCUCUUUGGGCCAGUUUCCCGGAUACAGAUGAAGCCUACUCUGUCAAUGAUCAGGGCAGACCUUAAUCAUAUACUCCUUUCAUACAAGCAUAUUUUUCUUCUUAAUUUCUAAGAAUAAGUUCUACAUUGAAACGAAGCUAAACCGAGACCUGCGAGAAGAUCUCAUGAAGCUUUUUACCGAUCAUGUUGCAGAAAAACAUAUAAACACGUUGAUACGUGAGUACAGUGGACUGGUGAACUGACACCACGCCUUGCAAUUCAAACCCACAACUAUUUCGCUUAUGACUCAUCUUUUAAAAUUGUUUUGUUGUUAAUGAUCUUUUCAUUCUUUCUUUCUUUCUUUCUUUCUCUGUUUUUCCUUUAGCUCUUCUCCUCGAAGCCCAUGCCAUGCCUUUUCAAGUCAGACCUUCAACAAUGGCCAGUGUGGUGAAAGGCCUUUAUACUCUUUGGCCCGGUGAGCCCUUUCCUUUCUGUCUGUUUUAAAUGCUACAACACAUGCUGCUACCGAAAUAGUUACAUCCACUUGUAAAAUUAUGUUUAACCACUGUAACUGUCAAGCACAAUUGUAGAAAUAUGGAUUUGAGCAAUAUUUGUGGGUCUCCCACAAUGACUAUUGGCUACCUGUUUCAGAUUGGGCACAUUUAGCCCCAGCUCUCUUCUCUGGAUUCAUUCCUCAAAUCAACCCCCCGACAGUGGAAUCCCAGCUCUCUGACUAUGCUGCUCGCGACCAGAAACUACAACUGGAGCUCUCUCUUAAUGGCUUUCAC